CGGAUUUCAUUUUAAAAAAAUAUGAGCGAGCGAAGGAGAUCGUCCUCUCUUGCUCUACAUUCUUCCCCGUGCAAUGCGGCGAGUGGAGUAUUCACUGGUCGAUACCCUCGUUUUGAAACACAUAUGCACGCAUGUAGUAUCAUAUUCUUUUUAUUACAGCUCAGUAAUUGUUUAUGGGGAAAUACAUGAGAGGAAAGAGAGAACAGCCGCUUCUCUUCCCGUACCAAUGCUAGAUGGUCCAUGGGAGAAAUACACAGCGGUCGUGAUUGGUUCCACGGUAGUCUGGCUGGUUGAAUCCUUGCUUACUUACACUGCAGUGUUCAAUAGCUUAUGGUGCUAUGGUGCUAUGGCGGUGAUGGUCAGCGAAGCUGAAAGGGGCCGGAACUACGCUAAUAGUGUGGUGCUGACAAUCCUUCAUUCGUUCGUUCAUAAGCAACCGCAUGAAGAGCAGCAUCGCUUCCCUCUUCGGAAACAAAUCCUUUGAUAAAGCGAUAAUGGGUCCGUGAUCGGCAUCUUUCAGCCGCAGUGCACAACAGACAAAAAGAACAGCUGAACACAAAUACCAAACAUGCUUUAAGAAAACAAGGUAGAUCGGAAAUUGAAGGACAAAAGCAGCAAACAAAGGGGAAGAGAUAACAAAAGACGAAGAACACAGGCAUGGCAAAACGACAAAGAGAUGAUGGCGAGGCGAAGAAGAAAGUGAUGGGAAAAUACGAUAAGGAUGGACUGGACUAGAU